UCACACUAACUAAUGUACACGGAGUAGCAUGCCAGUCACACAGAUCAUUUCAGAGCUCGGUGAGGCUCGGGUGAACGUGCACUCUACUACAAAUAACGAACGACUGACACAACACACACCGACGGGUGCUGAGAGUGCCGCCCACACACCCCAGACAAACCACCCACCGACCAGUCAGUCCACGACACGAAUAUGUCAUGAAAAACAUGAUGUGCAUUGAAGAAACAUGAGAGGGGGGGAGGGGUGGGGGACAUUCAUCAAACUACUCGCCCAACCAACAACAGCCAGACACACACACAGGGAGCCAUAAGACGAACCACAGGCAAGCAGAGACGAGCUACUUAUAUUGAUGGAACGUGCACAGCAGAUCAGAUCAGAUCAGUUGGACCUCAGACGUCAUGUGGCUAGUCUCGCUCCGCUUCCUGACUGACAUCGACAGGCUACACAACACACUAAUAGCAGGUGCAGGUACAGGGGUGGUAGAGGGUGUGACGACCCUCGUGGUGGUGAUGGUCACAUGAACAGUCACAGCCCAUCGCCCAGAAGGUUUUUUUGCCCCCGUGUCCGUAAUGACACAUGCACGGACAGUUGUAGGUGCGCAUGCCACCGUGGGUGCCAUAUCCCGGCAACCCCCCAUCGCACCAACAAUCACAGUCCUCUUCAUGGGCGUGGUAGUUACUGGGUGGCGGGGGGACGUGGUGUUCGUCGGGGCCUAGAGCCCUCAGGUCAGGAUUGUCGUCACCCACCUGCACGCACACACAAUGACACAAGGGAGACAACAGGGGAGAGACAGGUUGACACACACAUGCAUAUGCGCAGACACAGAGCAGCAGCUCAGGCAGGUGGUCAUCCAUUUCAUUACCUUCGACGGAUCAGUGACGGCUGUGGCCUCUUGAGGACUCAGCUUGCGCAGGGGUGUCGGGUCGCACACAGCACCGGCCACCAGGAGGGCACCAACAAGGCACAGAAGCACCUUCAUCGCGGGAGAACAAGACGGAGUUCGGAAGGGGUUGACACACAGAUGCAGCACUGCGGUAAUGUCGACAGAUGGUUGACGAUUCAAGCAGCCAAGGGGUCUGAGUCUCGAGGGGAAGUAGCUGGGUCAGAGUUAAAGCACAAGUGUAGCGCUGCAGAUGCCUACAGAUGAUUCAGGAGAUGAGAUGAUGUAAGGAGGAUCCAGGAUGGAGGGAGGGAUAGCUGCGCUAUCUCCAGAAGACAGCUCUCCCUAUCCAGCCGCUCUCGGCACAUUCCAAUUCGCAUUCCGGGAACACUCCAAAACCGCACCCGUCCUC